GAACAACAAACAGUGACAACACAGUACAGUCUACGAUUCGAAGAAAAAUGUGAACAGGUUCCCCUUAUUUUGGAAAUUUCAUGUUAUUUUACUUUUCAAUGCUUUAUAUUAGUGGCUACGUUCUGCUAUUAAGUAUUUAAUGUGAAAUUAGUGGCUACGUUCUGCUAUUAACUAUUUAAAUAAUGGAAACUGCCAUGGAAAACGUACGUAAAUAUGCUGCCGGUGGCCAAGAGGACAACUUCUGUCGUCUAUGUUUCGUGAAAGCCUUCAAGUUGCGCAGUGUGUUUCCUUAUGGAGACGAUCCGGAUAACGACUUAUUCCGUAAAAUUGCAAAUCUAGCGUUGGUUAGGUUGAACCACGUCGAAGAGCCGGACUGCUGCAUCUGCUCUCGCUGCGUUGCAAACCUCGAAGAGUUUGCCAAAUUUAGGCGCCAGUGUGAGAUACUUAACAACCAAUUACUAGAUGCACGAGGCCAGUCGGAAACGAAACUUUUCUGCGACAGCAUAAAUGUAAUUAGCGUACCUCCGGUUCAUGUAGAUGCACAACCUUUGAAUUUUAGCAAUGAACAGCCAGAAUAUCAAGAUACAAUAAAACAUGAUGUUGAUCCCUUUGAGGAACACGCUCCUAGUGAUGUUGAUAUGGAUCACGAAGACAGACCCAAAACCAGAAGUUCUGCCCGUAAGUCUUUGUCAGCGGGCAAGAAGAGAGGUCGAAAACGUUUGAAACGGCCGCUGAAAGUAGAAGAUACGGAGUCCAGUGAUGAUCAGUUCGAGGAUGCAGCGUUCGAUUCGGAGGAUAGUUUCAAGCCAACCCGAAGUCGUGGUCGUCCAAGGCGGUUCAAGGAUUUCGUAUCGACAGUUAAGAAGAAGAAGAAACAGGGUCGGAAAUCAAGAACGGAACAGCUGGAGGAAGAAGCUCUGUCUUCAGAUGAGGACGAAACAACAAACUCUAAGAAAGGCAGUUCGUGUGAUUUCAAGGUGUACAACGCCGGUCACGGUACGAUCAACAUCGCAUUCCAAGGGUAUCGUUAUGUCAAAUUUCGGUACUGCAAAACUGGCGCGUCAACGCGCCAUGGAUGGCAAUGUAUUGAGAAAGACUGCACGGCGCAGAUAUAUACGAGAAGCACUGCCAAGGAUCGAAUCUUCUGGCGAAAAAUGACAUACAACCACAAUCAUCCGCCGGAUAAGGUGGAUGAUAUGUUGGAUACCAAGUUGGAGUAUUUGGAAUCGAUCGGCACCGAGACCAUGAACGGCGAAGAAGAAGUGAUAACGAGUGGACGCCAACUGUACAACUACAGCAUUGUUCGCCUUACCACCGGGGAGAUAGUUAUGGUAUAUGGCGAGCAUAAGCAUCGCCUGUUGACAACUAGAACGGAUGGUACCAAAAUCUACGGUUGUACCAUAAGUUCUUGUCGCGCGGUAAUCUACGUUUCGGCGGAUAACGAAAUGAAAGUCUACAGUGGAAGCUGUACCGCUGCAGAAGAAGCUUCGGGAAGAUCAUUUCGUCGAUCACAUAAGGUUCUCAGUUUCGAAGGACACUACUACACGUUCGCCGGGAGACGGCUGGAGAAUAAACAUAUGGUGUGGCAAUGUUAUUUGAGGAAGUCGCACAAUUGUUCUACCUUAAUCUAUUCCAACGAUGAAAAUAUGAUAGUAGCCUCGAAGCAUCUGGUAAGAGUUCCUCAUAAUCAUGAACCGGAUGCGUAUAAGCUCGAGGAAGGCCAUUUAAUUGUGGAAGGUCAGAAAGGUUCACUUCCCUUUGAAUCGACUGAGUAUCACGUGGGUAAAAACCAAGCAGGGACUGAUAUUAUCAUUUUCGAAGGAUUGCGGUACACGAUUUUGAACACUAAAGUCGAUGGAACUAAAGCGUGUCGGUGUCUAGAGGACGAUACUUGCGCGGCAUAUAUUUAUCUCUCUCCAAACGGUACGGUGAUGAAGUUUGUCGGCGUUAAUGAACACAGUCAUCCACUACCGGAGCAGAUGAAAAACAUCGAUGAUUUCGAUUUCAUCAUAGAAACGAAACAUGUGGAAAAGUUUGCUCCCGUUUUCAAAUACUACAACGGCUACGAGUACCGCCGACAGGUGCGUAGGGAAAAUGCUAUUUACUACUAUCGUUGUUCCGAGCGGAAAAGGGGCUGCAUGGCAGCAUUUUCGUGUAAUGGAGAUUUUAGCAUGGUGAGAGAAAAUAACGAACCGCACAAUCACGAAAUGAUUCAACCGGAAUCUGAGCGCCGGAGAACAAGGCUGGAACAGGAGGGUACACUGGACUACACAAUGAGCGUCGCCGGUGAUGACUACGAAGUUUUGAACUACCAAGGUAAUCAGUACUGUCAUUUCUACUACCACAAAGAUGGUUGGCGCGUGUGGCGAUGCUUUACGGGUACCCACUGUCGAACGACACUGUUCCAAAGUUUACCCGAUAAGCGAGUGGUCGAUCUGGAAAAAUUUCGCCAUACACAUUACGGCUAUAAAAAGGGUCGUUCACGUGAAAAGAAAUUAGAAAAUGAGGAAACGAAGAAGGAAGAAGAGAAACGUUGCUACAGUGAUUCUGACAGCCGGGAAAGCGCGGAUUGGUUCUGAAUUAUGGCAAAUAAAUGUUCCAAUUUUUCA